AUGCAAUCUAAACAUGAGAAUCUAAAAAUGGUUUAUUACAAAUUUGGUCGUUGUAUUAUUUGUACAAUUCAAUUGAAUCACGAAAAUGCUUACUUUCUGAAUAAUUGUGGACAUAAAUUUCAUCAUUAUUGCAUUACUCGUUGGAUUACUGAAGAGAAAAAUCAAUGUCCAGUCUGUCGAGUUGAUGCUACUUUGGAUGAUAUUAAACAAUAUUUUACCGAAAAACCAAGUGACAGUUCUGAUGAUUCUGACAAUGAAUUGACUCAAAGUAAUGAAUUAACUCAAAGUACAAGCAAUGCAGUUGAAGUUGAGAAAAAUAAUUUGAAUUUUGCAAAAUUUAUUCAAAUUAAAAAUGAAUGGAAAAAAGAAGAUGUCAAUACAUCUUGUGUUGAUUUGGAUUUUACUUUGGGAAAUGGCUAUGGAAAUGUAAUUGGGCGUGAAAAUAUAAAAUAUACAAAUAGUUUGGAUUGGAAAGGAGGCUAUGACAAAUUCGUUAAUGCUUCUGCAAAAAAUUUAUUCAAAAAACUACAAAAUUCUUUCUAUUCUCUUUAUUAUUUUGAAGUUAAAUGUAUAUUUGAAAAAGAAGCGAAUAAAAAUUUUGUGGGAAUUGUUCUUAAAAAUUUAAAUACAAAGCAAUAUAUUCAAUUUAUUGCAAAUUCUGGCACGAUAAAUGAAAGCGAGACAAAUGAAGAAUUUGAAUUUGAGAACUAUUCCUAUAACAAUAAUGAUACUUUUGGUUGUGGAUUGGUAUAUCCUCCAAUUAAUAAAUCAACUGAAGAAUUUCCUUAUAUUUUUUAUACACAAAAUGGAAAACAAAUUGGUAAAGGUAUAUUAUUAAAGAACAAUUCUGACUUAUAUGAAGCAACACUGCAAUUAAAAUGUUGUUCUGCUCAAGCAAAUUUUGGAAAUAAUCUGGAGACUAAGCCGUUUAUAUAUGAUAUUUUGAAGCAUUGUGUUCUUAAAGAAUUUUAUUGA